ACGCACACAAGAUACAGUAGGUACAAGUACAGCAGGUGGAAACGAUACCAGUCCUCUCUUCUCCUCUUUGUCAAGUAGGCUGCCUAGGUUAGUGCCUGAGGACGGUUCUAUUGGUUUUCUCUUGAGAAAGUGACAGUUGGGGGAAAGCGGGAGCGGUUGACGAAGUGCCCAGGUAGCAUAGACUACAGGAUGGCACCAGCCCCGCAGACGGUGUGGGUUCUUCUCGCGCUGUACGGUGUCCUGAAUGUGCGCUCCUGUUGUACUUUUACUUGUCCUUCCAUUUGCGAAUGUUCAAUGAAGAGCGAUACAUGUUCCACAGAAACGCGAGAGAAACUCAGCUGCACAAGGGAAACGCAACUAAGGUCCCGGGUCGCUCCAUCAUUUAUUCGAAACGUAAGACUAACUCAUCUGCCAUUGACAGAAGUUUCAAGCAAUGCCUUCAGGGGACUGAUCAACGUGUCCAGAAUUGAGAUCUCUCAGAGUGACUGCAUCAGGAACAUAAGAAGCCAUGCAUUCCUCUCUCUCCACAGCCUGGCUGAGAUACAGAUACAGAACAUCAGAAAUCUGAUCAGUAUAGAGAAGGGGGCCUUCACUGAUCUGCCCAGGCUGAGAUACCUGAGUAUCUGUAACACAGGAAUAAAACACUUUCCUGACUUCUCCACCAUUUCCUCUUUGGUGAUACUGGAUAACUUCUUCCUUGAGCUGGGAGACAACAUGCAUCUCGACAGCAUACCUGCCAACGCCUUUCAAGGUAUCACAGAGGAGCUUGUGUACAUGAAAAUUAUAAAAAAUGGAUUCAAGGAAAUCAGGUCACACGCUUUCAAUGGAACAAAUCUGGAUAAACUGAUUCUGAAAGACAACAGAUAUCUGAGGAACAUCCAUGAAGAUGCCUUUGAGGGGGCCUCAGGGCCAACUGUGCUUGACGUCUCCUCCACAGCUCUCCGCACCCUCCCCCGUCGAGGCUUGGGGCAUUUGAAGGUCCUGAUAGCCCGUUCUACCCCCUACCUGAAGACUCUACCCCCUCUGGAAAGCCUCCUAGAGCUGGAGGUGGCAGAGGUCACUUACCCCAGCCACUGCUGUGCCUUCCACACCUGGCGACGCAAACACAGAGAAAAAGUUGUCCUUGCACUCUCUCCGAACCUCAGAAGGCUGUGCGAUGACGACGAUGAAAUCAUGGACCUCUCAGCAGACCAUGUGACCGACCUGUAUGACAUCAACCUCCAUUACCCAGACCUGCAGCUGAGCCUGUGUCCUGGAGCUUUCCAGUGCACCCCGGAGCCCGACGCCUUCAACCCCUGUGAGGACCUGCUUGGGUACUCCUUCCUCCGCUCAGUCACCUGGCUCAUCACCGUGUUCGCUGUGGCCGGGAACAUGGCCGUGCUGGUCGUACUGAUCACCAGCCACCAGAAGCUUAAUGUCUCCCGGUUCCUGAUGUGUAACCUGGCCUUCGCAGACCUCUGCAUGGGGCUCUACCUCCUCCUCAUCGCAGCCAUGGACUACCACUCCCGCAAGGAGUACUACAACCAUGCCACGGACUGGCAGACGGGCAUGGGCUGUGGCGUGGCGGGGUUCUUGACCGUGUUCGCCAGCGAGCUGUCUGUCUACACGCUGACCAUGAUAACGUUAGAGCGGUGGCACACCAUCACCAACGCCAUGCACAUCAACAAGAGGCUGAGGCUGAGGCAUGUGGUGAUCAUGAUGGCUGGGGGGUGGUGCUUCUCCCUAUUGGCUGCUCUGCUUCCUGUCCUGGGGGUCAGCAGCUACACUAAGGUGUCGAUCUGCCUGCCCAUGGACAUCGAGUCCCUAGUCUCCCAGGUGUAUGUUGUAGCCCUCCUCCUCCUCAACGUCACCGCCUUCUUCAUCGUCUGCUACUGCUACGUACGUAUCUACCUGUCCAUCCACAACCCUGACCUAGCAACCCGCCACGGCGAUGCCAAGAUCGCCAAGCGCAUGGCCGUCCUCAUCUUCACCGACUUCCUCUGCAUGGCGCCCAUCUCCUUCUUCGCCAUCUCGGCGGCUCUCCGCAUGCCCCUCAUCACCGUCUCCCACUCCAAGAUCCUCCUCGUCCUCUUCUACCCAAUCAACUCCCUCUGUAACCCGUUCCUCUACACCAUCUUUACUCGAGCGUUUCGGAAGGAUAUGUGUUUGUUGUUGAGUCGCUGUAGUUGUUGCCAUGCCAGAGCGGAGUUCUACAGGGCACAGAACCUGGCAACACACACUAUACCACCUAAGGGUCGGACUACAUCCCCCAGAAAGCCUCACUCUUUCAGGUUCUAUGCCUACCACAUCAAGAUGCAGGGAUGCUUCCUCAGCAAUGGAGGCGGAGCGCGUGACUAGUCUCAGCCAGUCAGAACUGAGGGUACGGCCACAUUGAGAUUUUGGUCGUUUCCCCUGCUCAGACGUUGCAUGCAUCAACCAAUGGUUGCGUGCCACGUCAUCGACUGUGUCGUCAACUGACAGAUCGCUAUAACAUAUGUGGUUAGCUGAUAAGUAAAAUGCCUAUGCAGACGUUGUAAGAUCUGGCAUGCGUCAGCAAAGCCUGAGCAGAGAACGCACCCUUUAUGUAUGAAAAUUGCAGAUUGAGCCAAUGGUUUUUCAAUGGGAGUCAUCCGUUGUCAGAUGAAUGACAACAGAUUGUCUGUCAAAAAAACACAAAAUAUGUCCGCCUUCAUAAGUAUUCAAUUCAAGAAGUAGAGAUGAGUUAAACUUUUGACGGGCAAAAACGGACAAUGAUAUAUAUUGUCAUAUACAAUUUAAUCCUUGUUUAUCCAUCUCCUUGUUCAGGCCCUGUACAGGGGUUGUACUGUACAUUAAGCUGCUUCACACUACAGAAACAAGAGAGGCUCCUACUCCUAUGAGGUUUUCCGGCUUGCACAAGCCACACCUCAAUGUGGCCAUAGCCUUAAUCUCAGCUGUAACAAGGUGAUUGAGCAUCUGUGCCCCUCCCUUUAAAAGACAAGCACAUGGAGUUCUCUGGGCAGGCCAGAUCAGGGAGAGGAAGCUGCUUCCAGUCUCCAAGCUGCCAUGUCGGUUUGGAGUGAAGGUGUUUUAGAGUAUUGUUGUUGAGCGUAAUAAUGUACGAAGUAAAGUGCAUUGUUUGUAACCUGGUGUGGUAGUUUGGAGCCCAACAAGGUAUAGCACAACCUUUUCAUUGUUUGUAACCUGGUGUGGUAGUUUGGAGCCCAACAAGGUAUAGCACAACCUUUUCAUUGUUUGUAACUUGGUGUGGUAGUUUGGAGCCCAGCAAGGUAUAGCACAACCUUUUCAUUGUUUGUAUUGUCUUUUUCCUUGUGUACAUUUUAAAGGGGAAGGCCAGUUUGUAUUUGUGUACAUUUUAAAGGGGAAGGCCAGUUUGUAUUUGUGUACAUUUUAAAGGGGAAGGCCAGUUUGUAUUUGCCUUAAAUCUGAUGCAUUGGUAGCUUUAUAGUAGCUUCCUCUUGUGUGCUGUGUGCCUUGCUUCACCAUCACCUAACCUGAGUGCUGUGAUUUAUACCUCUAUUUUCAACAUUUGGUGUAACAUGUUAUCUGGUGUGUAACUUAACUGUUACAUUAACCAACACAGCCUUUCAUGCAUUUCCCUUAUGUUUAAUUGAAACUUGUAAUAAACUGUGUUUGUGUGAUGCGUUGUACCCAGUUGAAGUCUCCAUUGACUCUGUCCUAUCCCAAGAAUGUGUGUUGCAUGCAGAAUUUAACCAGAAUUGACUCAAUUUCAAUAAU